AUGGCGACGUUGCCCCAGCGAUCUUUUCUCCCCGCCCCCGCUUCUGCCCCUGCAGUCAGCGUCACCGUUGGGGGCAAGCAGUACCUCCUGGGACUCUAUGACACGGCCGGACAGGAAGACUAUGAUCGUCUGCGGCCUUUAUCUUAUCCAAUGACGGAUGUCUUCCUUAUAUGCUUCUCUGUGGUGAAUCCAGCCUCAUUUCAAAAUGUGAAAGAGGAAUGGGUACCAGAACUUAAGGAAUAUGCACCAAAUGUACCCUUCUUAUUAAUAGGAACUCAGAUUGAUCUCCGCGAUGACCCCAAAACUUUAGCAAGACUGGAUGAUAUGAAAGAAAAGCCUAUAUGUGUGGAACAAGGACAGAAACUAGCAAAAGAGAUAGGAGCGUGCUGCUAUGUGGAAUGUUCAGCUUUAACCCAGAAGGGAUUGAAGACUGUUUUUGAUGAGGCUAUCAUAGCCAUUUUAACUCCAAAGAAACAUACAGUAAAAAAAAGAAUAGGAUCAAGAUGUAUAAACUGUUGUUUGAUUACGUGAGAAACAUCUUCAGUGGCCAACGAAACUGUCCAUUUCUCUCUAAGAAAGCAUAUGAAAUGCUACAGCUAUACCCAGACCUCUUAUAAAUACUGAAGCAGUUUAAAACUUGAAUGAGCAACAACCCUGUCCUCAGAAUUCUAUAAAGUUCAUUAAGAAUGUUUCUUAAAGGUCCAAGAGGCAGCAAACAGCAUCUGAAGCCACAAUCUAUUAUAAAUACUUUAUUUCGACUAGAAGGUACAAUCUCUCAGGGGUUUCAUAGUUUUAAAAGCUACAAUCACAUCAUGUAACUACAUAAAAAAACAGUGCUGUAAAUGGGACUGCCUGGCUUAGACCAUAUACAUUUCUGCACAGUCUUUAUGGAAUCUGCACACACAAAAAAUCUUCCUUUGUUCCAAUUAAUUGUUCUUGUAUGUGAGCUGCUUUCUGUUCCAGUAGAUCCAGAGCGGGGAAAUGACGAGGCCAGCCACGUAGCCAAAGGUCGCUCCGAGCGUGCAGGAGAUGGGCCACACCUGAGGAGAGAAUGUAUGAGAUCAAAGAGAACAAAUGUUUUAUUAUUACUUGAGCACAAGUUAAGUGUAACCUAAAUAUUUCUAUAUUAAAGCUUAAUGUGCUUUCUUAAAGAAUGCCAAAAGUGUAAUAAGGUCAUAACUGCAUUUAUCACGAACACUAAAAAAUGUACACGUUUUAGUUAAUGUGCAUUCAACUGUAACAAGGCUUCUGGCGACUGUAGAUUUAGUUUGAUGCUCCCAAACUGCAUGAGACACAUGCUAAACUUACAAAUUAAAAUUUUGGGUCAGACUUUGCCAUAAUCUUGGACUCAAUUUAGCUCUCUGAAGUUGGUAAUUUUGUUUGUGAAUUUCCAAAUUGGCUUGUAUAUCAAAUGAAAUGAGAAGUGUGUAUGAUGACCAAACCAUACGAAACUUUAAAUUGUGUUAAGGAGAAAUGACCUAGAAUUAUAAGCAUGUUACAUGCAAUUUAUAACAAAGCAAUUGCUUCCAUUAUAAAACUGAUGUUACCUUUCAGAUAGAUAUUGGAACCCUAGUAGAAGAUACAGAACUACAACUUAAGUCAAACGCCCAGAGUGUAAGUUAAACAAAAUACCAGCUUCCAGACACCCAUUCUGUUCCAGCCACAUUACAUUUCACAAUAUUACACCAGGCCAGAAGUAAAUAAUGUUCAUUUAUUCCAUCUACAAACAGUGCAUGUUGGUCCCUAGGUGAAAGGCCCUGUUUUUAAAAACUUCAUGUUAUCUGUGAAGCUUAUUUGGCAUACUUGAGCCACUUCUAACCUUUCUCUGGGGGAACAGGCUAUAGAACCGUGUUAGAGGUGAACCAUUUUAUUACCAUCUGUUACCUAUUUAAGUUUCUGCUGUGGAUCUACCUUAUUCCACAUACCAUGCAACAGACAACAGAGUUAGACAGUUUCAGUGUGAACAAACCAAUGCAGUUCAGAAAGGCAUAAUCUCAUCCAUGCAUUUCCCCCCACCCCCACAGCCUUUUCUACAUUUAAACUUGCUGUUGCCUAAAUUAUGAUUUUGUCUUUGGUAGGCUCCUGUUAAUUUCUAUGACUUGAGCUUAUAGCUAUAUCUACUGCAUAGAUUGGUUAAUGGAACAUUAAACUUUUAUACUUGAAAAUGACAGCCUUAAAUACUCAUAUCAGUCACAAAUCUAGGAUGCACUGGCUUGUCUGUGAGCUUUGUAGAGAUUUUUUAAAAACAUAAGCAUCAUCUUCCACAUUGAAGAGUGGAGAGUCUACUGGGUAACUAGUCAGGAGCUUUCUCUCAGAACUGGACAGUGGAUGUCUUCUUUCUCCCACGAAGCGGUAGUUCAUAUUAAGUACCAUGGCCUUAUGUAUGCUUAAAAGGAAUCUCAUGUAAUGUUCUCAUUUACUUUUGGUUUGCUGGUUUUAGAUAGAACUGAAAGGAAUUGUAUAAAUCAAUUAGUAUAUUAGCUAAGUUGUCCAACACAUGGUAUAAAGGAAUUAAGACAGUAAAGUAUUAUGCAUUUCCAACUUGUCUUUGGGGAUUUGAUAGGAAUUUACUUUUUCUCAAACUCACAUCCCUGGAACUCCUCACACUUGGUUUUGUUUUACUAGCCAAUGAAAGUUAAAAUCUAGAAUUUGUCCUACCCUAAGAGAAAUAGACUUAGGAACCUGGAAACACAGUUCUGUCAUCACCUGUUUCAUGAACGGGCCUGUUUCCUCAUCUAUAAAUAUGGACGUAGAACAGGUGAUCUCCAAUGUCACUCACUUUUAUCAACUCUUAUGAUUCUCUUCUUCACAAUUAUAAUGGUUGGCCAUUACCUUUUCAGCUUCACAUUAUUUUUAUUUUCAGCUUCACAUUCUUAAGAUGGUACAAUCCUGUGCAUAGAUUAUUAGAACUUUAAGCAAAGAUGAUUGUAUCAUCCAGACCUGAGGUGCCUUAGGUACUCUAUUGACCUUGAUGGGGUUUGGAGUUUCCCAUUGCUUACUAAGAGCCUUUUCAUUGCUUUGGUUCUUGAGUAUUUCUUUUUGCAAAAUCCUUCCUGCCACUUUACCUAAAAACCAAAGAUUUGUUUUCUAGUCAUUUGUUUUCAGAUUAUAGAAAAUUGCCUUCUUUCCAGAAACACAUCUUCAUUUGGUCUUCAUAGAAAUUCAGACUAGUCACUGAACAACUAAUUCAAAGAAAUAAAAUAUCUGGGAAAUAAAAUACUUCAAAAAUAUCUUAGUGACUUGAAUUUUACUAGUGAGUGCAAAUACACUGCUUCAAAUAAGGUCACGUAUGAAUGAACUUAAACUUAGUUAAUAUUUUUUAUAUAUAAUCAGUUCUGAAGUUCUUAAAAGUAAUUUUAGUGGCUCCCUGAAAUCUUAUUUAACAUUUUGCUAAUUUAACCCUCAUUCUCUCUCUAAAGGUACAUUUUAGGUUAGCUGAUUUCGAAUUAUCGUAUUUCCAUAAGCAGAGCCUGAAUUAUGGUUUUUAUUGUGAAUUAUCUUAGUUACUUUAGACAUUGCUUCCAUUUGAUUUUUAAUUAUUAAUUUUAAGUACCAAAUUAAAUACUGGUUUGUUGGUUGUUGCUUUUUAAGUGAUUGUUAAUUUAACAGUGUCCCAUCUUAACACAUGGGGUUGCAAAUAAAAUAACAUGCAUAGUUUACUAAA